GUCACUUUCUCCUUUGAACAGAAAUUCAUCCAUAUGUUCUAUCCUACCUCCUCGCGGUAGCAGCGCGUGAUCCCACGCAUUGCCAUGGCGCCUCUCGUGCGGAACAUCUGCUUCUUAAUAGGGGCAGUGGUGAUACUCGCCGUCCUGUACUCAUCCACAUCCAUUUCGGGAGCGACGACGAGAUGGACAAACCCGGCGUUAGGGGGUGCUUCAGCAGCGAACCCGCCCAGCGCCGUGCUGGGAGUGCCAGACGAUAGCAUCGUCAAGAGCGACGGCGAUAACAAGGUCGACGAGACUGUGCAGCCCGCACCCGAGCGGAAGGAGGGCGACAAGAAAGACGAAGAAAAAGAAGAGAAGAAAGAGAAGGGCGGCAUGGAGAAGGCACUUGAGGAUUCCAAAGCGACCAAGACGGAAUUCAACGAAGUGAAAUACGCUUUCCAGUACGACCUCGACCAGUACGCCAUGCCCACGUAUAAUGCACGCGAUUUGCGACGAUAUAUGCCUGUCAACUGGCAAGGACCCGGCCGACACGCCUUUUGCACCUACUACUCGACACGAAAUGCUACCCUUCAUGAUCCCUAUUUCCUGGCCGCCCUCUCGCUGACCUACCGACUGCUCUGGGACCCGGCGUCGAAGUCGGACAAAUACCCUCUCGUCGUCUUCGUCGCACCAUUCACGCCCGACGAGCAUCGACAUAUGCUCGAAGCGGCAGGCGCAAUUGUGCGCGAGCUGGAUUUGAUCGAAUACCACCCCGACAAGGCCACCUUCUCGCGCUGGAGGGAUCUAUUCUCCAAGAUCAACAUGUGGCGCCAGACCGACUUCGAACUGCUCGCCUUUCUCGAUCUCGACGCCUUCCCCGUCCAGAACAUCGACGGCAUCUUCCACAUUGCAGACCGACAGCGCUGCAAACCCGAAUUGCUCCCCAAAGAGGACAAAUUACACGAGAAAGAAAUCUGCGACUACGUCUUCUCGGGCACGUCCGUCGGCGGCGGAUACAAGGAAAUCAACGUCGGCGUGGUCGUGUUCAAUCCCAACGAAGCGAUGCGAAAUCGCCUCCUCCGCGAGAGCUUGCACACGGACAAGUGGGACAACUUCAUGGCCGAGCAAGCUUUUCUCAGCUAUGCAUUUUCGGGCGAUGGACCUUUUCCCGCGUCGGAAGUGGAUCGCGAAUGGAAUGGCUUCUUUCCCCAGGAUGAUGAAGGACCGAAGACGGGCAAGCUCAAGAUUAUUCACGAAAAACUGUGGGCGGAAAAUGAUCAUUUGACGUGGGCGAAGAACUGGUUCAGUAAUGAGUGGAAGGCCAUGUUGAAGAUGUUCAACAGUAAGAAGUUUGUCCAGGCGAGAGAAAGUGCUGGUAGGAGACCUUUUUAAACACACUGUCGCGAGAUGGGUUUUGAAAACCAAAGUCUUGGAGUUUUGUAUUUGCAAGCGUUCAAUAAUGUACAGAUUAGAUGACGGGAUGUUGGACAUAAUGGAUGAUGGUUACGAUCGACCAGAAAUGAAUAUCUCCC